CGCUGUCGCGUGCAGUUAACUCAGGCUUCAUUGCGAAUGAAAUAGCCCCUCCUUGGCAUAGUUUUAAACUAUGUAUAGGACUAUGGGGUGGGCGUGCACCUGGCAUUGGCUGUGGUAAGACCUGAAAGAGUUAGCUGCUGUCAUAACUUUGUCGAUCGAAGCACUCGAUCAAGCACUCUUUCAUGUAUUCAAACUGCAACAAAAUUUCGGUCUGGCUGAAUUGUUUACGGUGAGAAGGAACCAUCGGUUCGCCCACGUCCCCCUCCAUUACGCAACCCAGGCCGCUGGAUGCCCAUAAACCAUAGGCUUGUCAACCUUAAUAAAGAGCCCACUGUGGACUACGUACACCGCCCACCACAUGUGAUUCUGAUGGCAUCGAUAAAUGAGGCUCGAUACCAGGCAGAAUACCGCGCUGAAGAAGAGCGGAAGCGGAAUCCUGAUGCUCCACUGCCGCCCCACAUCCCACCCGGCCGUCCGCACAUCAUCAACCGGUUUCCCCUGCGCCCGCCCAUGGAGGCAGUGAAGCGCCGUCUAGAGCUGCUUCGGCAGAAACCUCUGCCGCUUCCCCCGCCCCCACCCCCGCCGAAGACUCUCCCUGUAGCACUGUUCCAGGAGUCAUGGAGUGUCAUCAACGACUACUGUGGAUUUUUGUGCUUCAAGGUGGGGAAGACCCAUGAGUUCCCCUACAUCGUGCGAUCUGCUUACCGUGUCAACCGUGCAACCGUGCGCAAGGUUUACGGACUUGUUGUGCGUGUCAUGGACUACAUGAAUGCCCUGGUGAUUGAGCUCGACAAAGAUGAACCCAACGUGUCCGGCCUGGGUGAAGCUUUGAUUGAGGCUCUCAUUGAUCUCCUGAACACUCUUCGUCAUGAGGGCAUGCCAGCAGAUAAAAUCUGGCGAGUUGAUGCGGCUGAAAUGCAGCAGUACAUCACGGGACCUGAAAACAAGGACCUGUUGACUACAGGCCAACGACAGAUUGUGAUCAUUCACAACAGCCUUGCUAAGUGUGCGCUGCACAUCAUGUCUCCCCUCUUUAAGCCCAGCGGCUAACCACAUGAGGCUACAUGGGGCGUGUGCUGCUGCUGUUUUGGCUCGCAACCUGCCAUGGGCCAGGGUCCUGCUUGUUAAGCCACCAGUUCCUUCGUCAGCUAGCAGCUGAAGUGCCUUCACUACCUUUUUUUUUUGUGUGUGUGUGUGUGUUUGCAGUACACCAAGAGCAUCACCUGUGGAAGUCGAUCCGGUGAAUUUGCAAAAGGAGAUGCAAAAGUUUUGCUCCAAAGUGUGCUUUUUCUGUAUUUGUCCGUGUGCCAAAUAAAAACUAUUUCCUUCCAA